GCAGAAGACUGGACGCGUAUAAAGGUUGUGGAAUAUUAUCGUGCUAAUUCAGAACAUAAGGAGUGGAAGAAAAUAUUGUACAGUAUAAAAAAAGAUCUCCAAAAGUUGAUAAAAUCAUCCUUUGGCUUUGACGUGACACGUAAAAGAAAGGCCCAAAGAAUCCUUGACAAUUGGAAGGAUUGGAUUGCGGCAAUGAAUAAUCCAGACGAUCGUGCACAGUUUAACAUUGAAUUUCAGCAG